CUGACACAGACUAGCUCCACAUGUACCAAUGCAGAAAGUGAAUCCUGUAGAAGAAAGGAGGAAAAUGGUUGAGGAUGCAGGUAAGAAAAAGAGACUUGACUUGAGACAACUCGAGAAGGAAAAAAGACAGAUGAGUUUGCUGAAGGCUGAACAAAUGAGAAGAGUGGAAAAGGAGUGGAUGGAUCGGAUAAACCAAGGAAGACAGCAGGGAUGUAGAAACGUUAUUGGCACAGGAGGAAGUUGCGAAAUGAAGAUGCAGAUAGAACACAUUAAAGCAGUAGAAGAAAGAGCGGUCAAGCUGAAAGCCAGUAGUGAGUACUCUGACCAAGCUAGCAGAGCUGCAGUGAAGCCAGAGGCUCCCAAUGGCCCUUCACCUCACGUAGCCUUCCCUUUUGGUGAUGCCAUGAAGAAAGAAAUGAAGAGGUUUGAGGAGGUUUCAAAACAAGCAAUUGCAAACAAGCAUAGACAUGCUGCUGCAGAAAAAGCCAGGCAGGUGGAAAUGUUUCAACAAAGGAGGAGAGAAGUAAUUGAAAGAGAUAAAAUAUUGAAAGCCCAAGUAAAUGCAAGAGCAGCAGUUUUGAAAGAGGAACUUGAACGAAAACGGAGGGAAGCUAAUGAAAGAAGAAUAAGAGCAUGGGAAGAACAACAUCUUGCAGCCCGUUGGUUCAGGAAUCCCAAUUUGCCUUUUAAUGCAGCACAACCUGGUUCUCCCAGACAUGCAAGUGCUUCACCUCAUGGUUUACUGGUCCGUUUACAACAUCCAGCCGAAUCCAAUACACCUGCCAUCUCUAUGAAGUGGCAGGCACAUGUUCCUCCUGUAAUUCCUCUUUCACAGCUCACACUCACAGAUGAUACAGUGAUUGCAUCUCAGAUUCUUAUGGUAGAGGGUGGUGACAUCAAGUUAGACAGUGGAGAGCCGCGGCGGCCUGUGUGGUCCAAUAGUCCUGGCGAAGCUUUCUUAAGAAUCCCUGGUGAAGCUAAACUGCAGAUGCAGACUGAAAGGUUACAACUAACAAAUAAACCACAUCCUGAAAAAGAAGAUGUAGCAGAACAAAAUCAGCAUCUUCGAGACCAUAAAGUAAUUGACGUCUCUCCCGUGGACAGGGAUAAUGUGGGUGUAUCUGAUGAACAAAAAACAGAGCAGCCACGAGGCUCUCCACAACAAGAAAUCAAGCCAACAGUGAUCAUGUCUGUUUCCAAGGCUGCAGAUCUGUCUCACGAGGAUCCCGAAGACAUGGAAACUGAGGAUGUGAAACCUAGUAAGAUUACCGAUGGCAAGCAGCGCCCUGUUCAUGUCACACAUGUUUGGAAUGAACAAAGUGAGGACGUGGCGGCAGCUAUCUGUGACAUUGAGUUGUCUAAAGAAGAAGCUAAAUUAGAUUCUGAGCAUGAUGAAGUUGCAGAAAAUGUAGGAGACUCAACAGCUUUAUUUAAAAAAGUUCCACUUCCACGUUAUACAAUGACAUCAAACUUCUCUGCUCAGUCCUUUAUUGAUGUUCCUGAUGUGGCUGAUGUACAAGGAGGGGACCCUUUAAAAAUAGGGGACAUAGAGGAUGAUCCCACCCAGAAAGCAGAUCACUCUGACUCAGAGGAUACUAUGUUUGGAGAGACAGACAGAGACUUGCACGAGCUGCAGGCAUCAAUGGAGCAACUAUUGAGGGGGGAAACAAUUGAAAUAUACUGUCAUGAUGAAGAGACUGUUAUGACUAUGAAGCCAUUGGAAGAGAACAAGCUGGAAACAACCAAAUUUACCAUCAAUGGUGAAGAGCAGAAGGGAGAAGAAGAAGAAGACGAGGAGGAACAUGAGAAUCUUCCGGGCAGUGAAAGUGAUAUUAACAAAGAGUGGCAUUCUGAUGACAGCAGUGAGGACUUUGCCACUGAAUGCGAUAAUGGCGACAGUGUCUUUGGCCAUCUUGAGGAGCUGCGGCUCAAGUUAGAGCAAGAGAUUGGUUUUGAUAAGUUCAUAGAGGUCUACAAGAAAAUUAAGGCCAAUCAUGAAGAUGAAAGUAUUGAUACAUGUUCUAUAGUUGUACAACAAAUUCUUGGUUUUGAACACCAGCAUUUGUAUCACACAAUUUUCCGUUUGGUAAUAGCAGAUGGAGCCUAUCAAGAAGAUAAUGAUGAAUGAAUAUCUCAGGAUUUUCUUACAAUUUAUGCUACUUUAAACAGUAUGAACAUUACCUUUUUAUUUUUAAUUUCUAUUAGUUUUUUAGAGAGAUUACGUAAUCUAUGCUUCCUGACAUUCAAAGAUUUAUGAUUGUGGUUUGCCAUCUGCAUGAAGAGAGGGAAGCCUCUUCAUGCCUUGGUAAUCUACCUUCCAGAUCUCUAUGCUAUUUGUUUGACUUUUCUGUUAUAUUUGUCAAGCCCAAAGAAGGCUAACGCCAUUAACCUUUUGAUGGUCCAAUGCUACUCUAAGAAAGCUAUUGUCUGGUAUGUAACACAAAUGCAAGCAGAGCAGGUCAACAGAGCUAUCAUAAGAACCAAUUGGUUUUUUUUCUAUGUUUCUUGUCACAUAUUACAUUGGGAUUGGAGAAUUGGUUCACAUAUUUAUCAUUAUGCUUCUGAUCUGUUAAAGGACCACUAUAGUGCCAGGAAAACAUACUCGUUUUCCUGGCCCUAUAGUGCCCUGAGGGUGCCCCCACCCUCAGAGACCCCCUACCGCCGGGCUCUGGGGAGAGGA